AAACAUAAAUAAAACCUGCAUAAAUCUGACUUUUACCAUUUGUCAUUUAUUCUUGCUGUUCUGAUUGUCGACAUCAUUGUCGCAUGUCUAUUUAAACAUAAUUACCACCCUUACUAGAUAUGAAUCGCCCUCCAUCUAUAAAUACAAGUACCGGUACUAGAACUAAGCCUAUGAAGUUUUGGAAACCUGGCAGUGAAGCUCCAGGAAGUCAGCUGAAUCAAGAAAGAAUAAAAGAGCAUGAUACAGAUUCCACCACUACUGUUUAUAAUAUUUAUCGUAACUUGACAAUAGAACAACAAAGACUCAAAUUACCAGUCUUUCAACAUCGUAAUAAUAUUCUACAUCUAGUAGAAAAAUUUCAAACCGUAGUUAUUAUUGGUGAAACAGGAUGUGGUAAAAGUACUCAAAUACCCCAGUAUUUAUUAGAAGCAGGUUGGGGUAACCAAGGUUAUUGUAUAGGUGUAACACAACCAAGACGUGUAGCUGCUGUUUCUGUUUGUUCACGUGUAGCUGAAGAAAGAGGGUGUUUAUUAGGAGAUGAAGUUGGUUAUUUAAUAAGAUUUGAUGACUGUACAGAUGAACACAACACUAAACUUAAAUUUUUAACUGAUGGUAUGUUAAUUAGAGAAAUAAUGAAAGAUCCUCUCCUUUCAAAAUAUAGUAUCAUUAUGUUGGAUGAAGCUCAUGAAAGAUCAUUAAAUACAGAUAUUAUAAUGGGGUUAAUGAGAAAGAUUCAAAAGAAAAGAGAUGAUUUAAAACUUAUUGUGACUUCUGCUACAUUGAACGCAGAGGAAAUAUGUGGUUUUUUCAACACCAAUGAAAGUGAUAAUAAAGAGAAUGAUACAGCUUCCAUAUUAACAAUAGAAGGUAGAGAAUAUCCUGUUGAUAUUCAUUAUACCAUAGAUCCAAUACCAGACUAUUUAAAAUAUGCAGUGGAAACUGUUACGAAAGUCCAUUUUACUCAGAGACCUGGUGAUGUAUUGGUUUUUUUAACUGGACAGGAUGAAGUACUAAAAGUUGUUGAUUUGUUAAUAGAGGAAGCAAGGAAAUUGCCCAAAGAUAGUGAAAAAUUACAAAUUUUACCAAUGUAUGGUAGUUUACCAGCCCCAGAACAGAUGAGAGUUUUUAGUCGUACACCUCAAAAUACAAGAAAAGUUGUUGUAGCAACCAAUAUAGCUGAGACUUCAAUAACAAUAAAUGGUAUUGUCUAUAUAAUUGAUUGUGGUUUUGUUAAGAUUAAAGCGUAUAAUCCAAAGACUGGCGUAGAGAGUUUGAUCAUUACCCCUAUAUCACAAGCAUCGGCCAAUCAAAGAGCAGGAAGAGCUGGUCGUGUGAGAGCAGGCAAAGCAUAUCGUCUUUAUACAGAAGAAGAUUUUGAUAAACUACCUACCUCUACAAUACCAGAGAUACAAAGAUCUGAUAUGGCACCAGUUAUACUGCAACUUAAAGCUCUUGGAAUAGCUAAUAUUGUCAGGUUUCAUUUUCUCUCUCCACCCCCAGCUCAGAAUCUUGUAAGAGGAUUAGAAUUAUUGUAUGCUUUAGGAGCUAUCGAUGAUAAUUGUAACUUAAAAUCAGAAUUAGGACAACAAAUGGCUGAGUUUCCUCUAUCACCAAUGUUUUCCAAGAUGUUAUUAGUGUCAGGUGAAUAUGGUUGUUCUGAAGAAGCAUUAAGUGUAGCAGCUAUGACACAGAUACAAAAUGUUUUUAUUACUCCCUCUUCUCAAAGAAUACAAUCUGAUAAAUGUCGUAGAAAAUUUACUGUUGAAGAAGGAGACCAUGUAUCAUUAAUUAAUGUGUAUGAAGCAUUUUUAAAGUUUGGUCAAAAUGCCAAAUGGUGCCAUGAAUAUUUUCUAAAUUACAAAGGCUUAUGUCGAGCUGUUGAAAUAAGAAACCAACUAAAAAGAAUGUUAAUAAAAUACAAUAUACCAUUGAUAUCAUGUGGAGGUAGGAUUUAG